CUGGACACCCGACUCGAAGAAUGGAUCAACGUUCCCAUCCCCAGCGCAGAGGACAUGGCCCGGCAGGGUGAAGCGCUCUGCCCAACGGGUCUGGGAGGGAGAAACGAGACUUCUUUCCACGUCGAUCAACAAGCGUACUGGUCCUCGGUUACGACCGGGGACAUCAAGCGCGCAAGGCAAGACUUGGUCGAUUGGCUUCGAGCUGCUCACAAACGAGGAGAAUUUGUCAUCUGGCCCGAGACUAGAACGAAGCAGAAAAAGACUCGCGGGAUGAUCAUGACCGGCGGGAAUGGGCGCACGAUGAGACGGGUCGCUUUGACGCUCGAUCUCGUCAGGAACGUCUAUCAUAACCAGAUCCCCGUGGAGAUAUUCUCGUUCGCCGACGAGUUGAUUGAUGAGCGAGACAAGGCGAUGAUCGAGAGGUUCGGAAAGAUUUCGUUCAAAACAGUGAGUGUAGGGCGAUUCGACAUCAAGGGCAGGGCUUUCUUGCGGAACUCGUUCGACGAAUUCUUGUACAUCGACUCGGAUAGCAUUCCGCUGCAAAACAUCUCGCAAUACUUUGAUGCAGUCGAGUAUGCUAGUCAAGGCAGCGUUUUCUGGCCAGACAUCUACAAGGAUCAUUCUGCCAAUGCGAUCUGGCGUAUCAUCGGCGAGCCAUGUGGAGGUGACUGGGCUCAAGAGACGGGCCAGGUGCUAUUCGAUCGGACGGGCAACUUUGGCUGGAAUCAAGCCGUACUGUUGCUCGCAGACCGGAUGCAGACGCAGGGCGACUUUUGGUAUCACUUUAGCUACGGCGACAAAGACACCUGGAGAUACGCCUUCAAGAUUCUGGGCUUGCCGACUCCGACUAGUGGUCGAUCUUACUCGCCUCUGGGUGGAUACCUAGACCGAAACGGUACCAGACAAGAGCAGUUCUGUGGGCACACAAUGCUUCAGCAUCCCGUCGCGCUUCUAUCCAACUCGGCGGCUGACAUGGUGAUCUCCGUCCGUACCCAGCUCAAGUACCACGACUCUCAUAAAGGACGAGUCGAUGUAUUUUCGCAACUGCAGCGACUCCCUGUGGAUGCUUUGACGGAACCAUCUCUCGAACGUCUGUCAUACGUAUUCGAUUGGGAGGCGCGAUGCCUGUCGAUCGAG